AUGCCCGUCGAACUCAGGAAGCGCAAAGCAGCCCCAACCCAGCCGGAGCCUGUCCAGAAAAAGGCAGCCACGGCAAAAACAACCAAGAAGGCCCCCAAAGCCGAAAUUCCUACUGAGGAAGUGAAGGGCAAGAGCACCCCUGCUAAAAGCGCGAUCCCAAAAGUUGGCGAUGUGAUCUCGUUGGAAGGAUUUGGCGGGAAAUUGCAGACCCAGGACGGAGCAUCGACCACUUUGGAAUCUUUGAUUACUUCAAGCAAAGCCGGCGUGGUUUUGUUUACAUACCCGCGAGCAUCAACACCCGGAUGCACCAAACAAGCCAGCAUGUUCCGCGAUGGAUAUGAAAGCCUCACCUCGACUGGUCUAGCAAUCUACGGCCUGUCCACCGACUCUCCCAAGGCCAAUACAACUUUCAAGACUAAACAAAACCUACCCUACCCGCUGCUCUGUGAUGUAAAUGCCACAUUGAUUGGUAGCUUGGGCCUAAAGAAGUCGCCAAAGGGGACAGUGCGAGGCGUCUGCGUGAUUGAUAAGGCUGGUAAAGUCCUACUCUUGAAGCCAGGUAGCCCAGCUGGAACUGUUGAGGCAGUAGAGAAGAUUGUACGCGAGAAUCCGGUUAAGGAUAGUGGGAAGGAAGACACAAAGGAGGAGGACGAGGCUAAAGAUGAAGCUAAAGAGGCGAAGGAAUAG